AUGUCAUGGCCGUCGAGCACCGUGGACCGUGGACCGUGGACCGUAGCCGAGGCCCUUUUUGUGAGAGCAGCAGUUUCCAAGGCUGAGUUAGUGAGCAUCACGGGCAGCAUCUGUCUGUGCCAUAUGGCUUGGUGGCAGCAGCUUGUUUCAAAGUGA